AUGAAGUUUAUGGAGAUCAAGGAAAAUUUGGAGAGCUUUGGUAGUUUGGCUAACCCUAAUUCUGAAAAGCGAAAGAUCGAGAUCAGUGAUUAUGAUGCGUCCAGCAGCGACAAUCGUCCAAGCAAGCGAGCUAGAAGAAACAUCUCGAGCGGCGAUGGCGAUAAGGAAGAAGAAGUAAAAAGUACUAGGUCAAGUUCGAGUACUUCUUCCGACAAAACGGAGAAAAUAAAUGAAACGAUUAACUUGGAUCUAAACAUGCCUGCUUCUACUGAUGAAGAAGAUGACGAUAGGAUGUUCUUGGAGAGUACUUGGUCCAACAACGCAAAGCAAAGGGAUUGCGGUGACGGUGAAGUAGAAGAAGUUGAAGAAAUCAAACUUGACCUUAACUCCACUCCUGCUCCCAGUGAAGGCGCCGAAGGAUAUAACUUAGAGGGAGAAGUUUGGCCAGAAGAUUGGGACCAACAAGUAGGAGGUUGUGAUGAUGAUCAUGAUGACUUCGACGGCAAUGAUCAGGACUAUUAUGAUGAUGGUGGUUAUGAUGACAAUGACGACGAUGACGUGGGUAAUAAAAGAAUCAAACUUGAUCUUAACUCCACUCCUCUCAGUGAAGAAGAAGUCGAAGAACAAGAAGUUAGGCAAGAGGAGAAGGAAGAAGAUCAACGUCAGUACCAAUUAGACGAAGAAGACAGACCAGUAGAAGUUCGGUACCAAUCAGAAGCAGAAGAAAAAGAAAAAGAAGAAGAAGUUAGGCCAGAGGAAGGACAAGAUCAGUACCAAGAAGAUGACGAAGAAGAUGAUCAAUACUGUUACCAAUCCAAAGUAGAAGAUCAAAGAUGUUACCAAGCAGAAGAAAAAGAGGUUAGGUCAGAAGAAUCUUGGCAUCCAUCAGAAGAAGAAGAAGAAGUUGUUAGGUUGCCCAAUACUGCCAGGUCCAACCUUGACUUCAGUAGAACACCUACGGAAGGAGAACUAGAAGAUCUCAAAAAUAGUACUAUUCCUCCUGCCAAAAAGUGGGAUGAUGAACCAGAACACUCCUCCGACAACAACCACUCUUCUUUUGUUUGUGAAAUCUGUGUUCAGCACAAGGAAGCACACGACAGGUUUGACAUAAAAAAUUGCAGUCAUGCAUAUUGUACUGAUUGCAUGGUCAAAUACGUGGUCUCCAAGCUUCAAGAUAACAUUACCAGCAUUAGGUGCCCUGUUCCGAAUUGUAUAGGGUUGCUGGAGCCGGAGUAUUGCCGGCCGAUUCUGCCUCCAGAGGUGUUUUAUCGGCGGGGAAGUGCAUUGUGUGAGGCCGUUAUUCUUGGGUCAGAGAAAUUUUACUGCCCCUAUAAGGAUUGCUCUGCAAUGUUGAUUGAUGAUGGGACAGAGGUUGUGAGGCAAUCGGUGUGUCCGAAUUGUUGGAGAAUGUUCUGCGCUCAGUGUAAGGUUCCUUGGCAUGAGGGGAUCAAAUGCGAGGAGUUUCUAAAGUUGAAUAAGGAUGAGAGCAUGUUGAUGGACCUUGCGCAGAAGCAACAAUGGAGGAGAUGCCCCAAAUGUAGGUUCUAUGUGGAAAAAUCGGGGGGUUGCACAUGUUCAUGAAGA